ACCCAAGCAUCGCUUCUUUUAGUUUUGGCUGCACUUUAUCCACCAACAAAUCAAUUGAAAUGGAAUAACAAAUUGGAUUGGCUUCCUAUUCCGAUACAUUCCAAUCCUAGGCGUCUAGAUAUUCUGAUAAAAUCUCGAAUUUGUCCUACUUUUGGACAAGCACUGCAUCAAUUGUUGAGCACUAAGGAGAUGUUGAGUUUGCUCGAAAAGCACCGCCCAGUCAUUGAAAAAAUGAGGGAAGUUUAUUGGAAAUCAUUCAACCUGCGCGAUAUCUUUUGUGCUUACAAUGCAAUAAAAGUACACAAAGAAAUGAAUUUACCAAUGCCAAGUUGGUAUACGGACGAGUUAUAUUCUGAUUUGAACGAAGCGAAAGAGUUUUAUCUGAAUGCUUUGUCUUACACUGAUAUUUUGAAAAAAUUAAACGGUGGGCCUAUAGUCAGAAGGUUUUUGAAAAAUAUGAACGACACGCAUUGGAAAACCAAUAAAAGGAAAAUCUAUCUGUACAGUGCUCACGAUAAAACUCUUCAUGCUUUUCUGAAAGUACAUGAUGUAUUGGAUGUGAAACAGCCCAAAUAUGGAGCUACAAUAAUUUUAGAAAAAUAUCGCGGGGAACAGAAUCAAAGUUACGUUAGAUUCUUGUAUUGGCCUUGCGGAUCACAAGAAAUCGAAACCAUUACAUUAAAAACCUGCACGGAAAUGUGUCCUUUUAAAAAUUAUGUAGAAAUCAUAAAACCACAUUUGCCAUCCGAUGAUGAUAUGCUUUGUUUGUAUAAAAAUAUUCAACCAGAGAUAAUGGAAGGAAUAAUUAAUCCAGAUACAACAAUCGCUGGAGUAAAUAAGAACUAUGUGGUUUAAACGAAUAAACGAUAUAAGAUUUUAAAAAAAUUUUUUACUU